UAUUUCCCGUACCACCGAAGAAGAAUCAAUUUUUCUCUGGCGACCAUAAAAUCACCCUCACAAGGGCGCGCGCGUGUCGUCCACGCUCUCUCCCUUCCCUUCCAUAACUCUCUUCCGACCAACACACUCUCUCUCUCUCUCAAUUCCAUUUCUAGGGUUUCUCGCUCUUCAAAAAAAAAACCAUGCCCUUAUUAUUAUCACCAUAGCUCAAAAAAGCAACAACAACAACAACAACAAUGACUGAGAAAACUAAAAAGCAAAAGAAAAGCUUCAUCAGCGAAGACGAUAUCUCCUCUCUCCUCCAGAGGUACUCGGCGACGACGGUGCUGGCUUUGCUUCAAGAAGUGACGCACAGUGCAGAGGUGAAUAUGGAUUGGAAUGCGUUGGUGAAGAAUACUUCGACUGGGAUUUCUGAUGCUAGAGAGUACCAGAUGCUAUGGCGCCAUUUAGCUUACCACCAUACUUUGCUUCAUAAAUUCGAUCAUGGAGCUCAGCCUCUGGAUGAUGAUAGUGAUUUGGAAUCUGAAGUGGAAGCAUUUCCCCCUGUUAGCUGUGAAUCUUCAACAGAGGCUGCAGCAUGUGUGAAGGUACUAAUUGCUUCUGGAUUACCAAGUGACACUAGUAUCCCAACCAGCUCAAUAGUUGAGGCUCCAUUAACCGUAAAUAUACCUAGUGGCUCUUCAUCAAGAGCUUCUCCUUCUGAAAAUUCAGAAGCCACUUGUUCAAUGCAAGGGAUGAACAUUACUGUUCCUGUGUCUGUUCAGAAACAGCCCCUUCCUUCAGCUGCUGCACCUCAUGAAUUAUUGGAUGCAAAUGGAUCAGCAAAUGGCAGCAUGCCUCUUCGAAGGAAAAGAAAACCAUGGUCAGAGGAUGAGGAUCUGGAACUGAUUGCUGCUGUGCAGAAAUGUGGUGAAGGAAAUUGGGCAAAUAUUUUAAGGGGAGACUUCAAGGGUGAUAGGACUGCUACACAGCUAUCUCAGAGGUGGGCCAUUAUUAGGAAGCGACGUGGCAACUUGAAUAUGGGAACCAAUCCCUCUGGCUCUCAACUUUCUGAGGAACGGCGGGCAGCUCAUCAUGCAAUCACCCUAGCCCUCAUGCCUGUUAAAAGCCUAACAGCAGCUCGCCCUGCUGGCACAAAUACAACCAGUAACUCUGUUCUUCCAACUACAGCUGCUGAAGCUGUUAAGAUUGGCAGCAGCUCACUACAAGCCAAAGGCCAGUCUCAACAGGGCCCUGUCCCUAAAAAAACAUCUCCCGUGGGAUCAUUGGGUUCCACAGAAAAAUCUCGAGUAGCUGCAAAAAAGCCUUUAACAAAGCCUGGUAUUUGUUCAGAUUCUGCGUUAAGAGAAACUGCAGUUGCUGCUGGUGCACGAAUUGCUUCUCCAUCAGACGUUGCAUCAUUUAUCAAGGCUACACAGGCAAAGAAUGCUGUCCAUAUCAAACCCACUGGUGUUUCUUCAACAAAAUUGCCCAUGCCUCGUGGUGUGUCAACUCAAAUAGAAACUCAAACCAAUGUACGUUAUGUUGGCACUGGCCUUGAAGCUGCAUCAUCUUCCUCCCAUCCUGCUGUCACAGUCAUACCUACUGCUUCGCAUUCUGGUUCAGUAAAGGCUGUCUCACCAACCAUUCAGCAUAGUCCAUCCACCUUUGCCACAUUAUUGAAGACGUCAUCUGAACAUACUAACAUUGUUAGCUCUACUCUGCCCUCUGAAGUUCUGCCAAAACAGGAGGUUAAGACUGCAGAAGAGAUCAAAGCUUCUGCAUCAGGCAAUGCACCCAAAGAGCAAGUCCAAGAAGAUAAAGCACUGUCAUCAGACACUGAAACAGUGUCUAAAAUACAAAUGACUGAUGUUAAGAACCCUAAUAGUUCUUUGAACAAGAAGACAGAUGAUAGUGCUGAAGGAACUGUUGUUGAUGACCAGGCUGAAACUAGACAAAAUGCAAAUGAAAACGAGAUGAUGAGUUCACCAGUUAGAGGUGACAAUCAAUCUGCCCCUGAGGUGAACUCUGAGAAUCAAAGUGCAAAUGAGAAACGGGCAAAUUUGCCAAGCAUGAUAGAAGAUGAAUGUGGUGAAAAGCAGGAGGUUCUAAUUAAAAUUGAGGCUGGCAAUGAGAUUGAAGGGGAGAAGGUUAAGUAACUUGUGCAAAUUACUCUUAACAGGAUUUUGUUGGGUUCUAUUUUGAAUUGUUUUGGGAAAAUCGUGUUAGUGUAAAUCUAAAUGUUAAAGAAUAUGGAAAUUAAAUGAUAAGAUGAGCAUCUUUGUAAUAUUA